AUGGCUCAUGAAAAGAGAGGCUCGUCUCUCCGAAAAGGGCAGUCACCAUCCCGCUCACACAGGAGCUCCAACCAGCAGGCUGAAUCCUCUCACAAUCCUGCAGGGAUAAUCACAAGGGAGGAGUUCGACCAGCUGAGGGGGGAGCUCGAUGCUCAGGUGGAGGCCUUAAARGCCAAAUGUGAGCAGAAAGACGAUUCACUGAACGAUGGCGACUUGGGAGAACCGCCUUUCACCUCGGACGUUUUGGAAGCACCAAUCCCUCCGAAGUUCAAAGCUCCUACCGUGAAGCCUUAUGAUGGGACGAAGGACCCCAAGGACUAUGUUGAGGUCUUUGAAGGCCUCAUGGACUUCCAAGCGGCAUCAGACGCAAUCAAGUGUCGCGCCUUUCAGAUCGCGCUUACUGGCAGCGCGCGAUUGUGGUAUCGGAGACUGCCAGCCAGGCAGAAGGAGAGUGAGACGCUGCGAGAAUAUGUCACCAGAUUCCAGGAGGAGCAGUUGAAAGUUGCACACUGCUCCGAUGACUCGGCCAUGUGCUAUUUCUUCACCGGUCUAGCCGACGAAGCCCUCACGGUGAAACUUGGAGAGGAGGCCCCGACCACCUUCGCCGAGGUGCUUCAGAAGGCGAARAAAGUCAUCGAUGGACAGGAGCUCCUCCGAACCAAAACCGGCCGACCGGAGCGAAAGAUCGGCCGGGGCAGAAGUGGAAAAGAUGUAGAAAGGGCAGAUCCCAAGUCYAAGGACAAGGGAUCCUUUUCCAGCGGCCGAGCUGAGUAUCGAAGGGCGGAGAACGGACCUACCAGCGGCCGACCUUACGAGCGCUUCACCCCGACCACGAUUCCAAUUUCCDAGAUCCUAACGAACAUCGAGGAGUCUGGAAUGGAAAAACUACUCAAGCGUACUGAGAAACUUCGGGGAGCCCCGGAGAGGCGCARCAAGGACAAGUAUUGCCGCUUCCAUCGGGAGCACGGCCACAACACGUCGAACUGCUGGGAGUUGAAGCGCCAAAUUGAGGAUCUAAUUCAAGACGGCUACUUCAAGAAGUUUGUGGGAAAUCCCAGGACCAGCUCAGCAGAGAAAAAGGAAGAGCGAAAGCGUUCAAGGACGCCACCCCGACGCACCGACCGACCUGCGGUCAUCAAUACCAUUUUUGGAGGGCCAAGCGGGGGUCAGUCCGAACAUAAAAGAAAGAAGUUAGCCCGUGCAGCCAGGCGCGAGGUGUGCAUCAUCAGGGAGCAGGGGCCGACCUGCCCAAUCACCUUCGACGAUGCAGACUUGGAGGAGGAGAGUGCUGGUAGACGGGGGCGCAUCUGCUAA